UACCAUUCUUUGGUAGUACAUGCAAGCAGGGAAAGCUGUUUAUGCUCUGCUGAGUAUAAUGUUACCAUUAGCCUGCUUUUCGAUUGCAAAGCAGUGUGCUCAAUAGUUUCUCUGGUGCAACAUGAAUUUAGAUAUCCAUUUGGAAAGAGAGCAACAAAAUCUGGAAAGGAGAGAAGAGUCUUUGUGGAAACAUGAUACCAAAUCGGUAGAUGUGACUUCGAGACAAUGGGUUAUUCGAGCUACUUAUCUGAUUACAACCAUUGGCCUGACUUGUUUGUUCAUGCAAUUUGGGAUUGUUCCUUAUUUAGCAACUAGCCUGGGUUUAGAUGCAGUUGGAUUUGGCUACUUGCAAACACUCUUUGGUGUUCUUCAGCUUCUGGGAAGUCCUAUUUUUGGGAGGUUUUCUGACCAAUUUGGAGCCAGAGCUGCACUGACUCUGUCAUAUGUAGCUUCAUCUUUGGUCUUCUUGCUCCUUUCUAUGUCCACCAAUGUACUGCUGCUCUUUCUGUCCAGGAUUCCAUUUGUCUUCAUGCAUGCACUGCCAGGCGCUCAAAUAGUCAUAACAGAUUUGACAACUCCUGCUGAGCAUGCUGAUGCUCUAGGCAAGCUUGGAUUAUGUUUUGGAAUAGGAAUAAUCAUUGGUUCUUCGUUGGGUGGUAGUCUAGCCACAAAAUUUGGAAUUUAUUUUCCUUGCUAUGUUGCACUGAUUGGGGAGCUUACAUGCCUUUUGAUGGUCCUCCUCUUUAUUCCUGCUCAGACAAAGUCACAGACGAAAGAAAAUGCUACACAACACAGCAUUCCCCAGUCCAGCAGUGUGUUUAGCCUCAAAGAAAUUACGAGACUGCUGACACUUCCAGGCAUAAUGGAUAUUUUCUUAAUUAAGGUGCUUUCCGGACUUCCUGUAGGUUUGUUCCUGAUCAUGUUUUCCAUCAUAGCUAUUAAUUUCUUUGAUCUGGAAGCUGCACAGGCUGGAUACCUGAUGUCAUAUUUUGGAGUCCUUCAAAUGUCGGCAGUGGUCAGGUGCACACAAGGGCAGGAAACAAGCAGCACCAGCCAGGUGCACAAGCAAGACAUCGCUUCAUUGCCAACUGGUCUGGCACAGCACAGAAACUUAAAAAAAAAAAAAAAACCCUCAGCUUUAGUGACAAAGCCAGUUUUCCAGGGCCUAGUAAUUGGACGUUUAACUCAUCACUAUGCAGAGCGGACUCUGCUCAUGUUGAGUGUCUCUGUCUUCGGUGGAGUGGGCCUUGCUAUGGCCCUGAUGACCAACGUUUUCCAGUACUGCAUCAUUGCAUUUCCCAUGGUUUUUGCAUUCUGUACUUUAGGCAUCAUUACUGAUGUCCUUCUAACCAAGUCUGUACCUCCUUCUGACACUGGAGCCAUACUGGGAAUAUCUGCAUCUGUUAUUCCAUUGACCAGGGCAAUAGGCCCAACAAUAGGAGGAUUUUUAUAUGGAAGAUUUGGGGUCUCAUCCUUCGGUUACUUACAGCUGAUCAUCAGUGUGGCUCUAUUUUUGUAUAUCUCUAAAAAGAAGAUCCCUCUGAAUGAAGACAAAGUUAGGUAACCAAUUCCACGAGUAUGUUAAUGAGCAAAUGUGUGAUUCUAGCCAUAGUAAGACUUUUAUUUCAAUGGCUGUAUUUGAUUGGAAAUAAAAGACCAAGUUAAUCCAG